AUGCAGGGAGGAAAAUUCUUCAGAAUGGAACUAGGCCCAAAUGAGAUAUCGAGUCUAAGAAAGCACAAAUUUAUUGGAACUGACAAUUCCAUCCUUUCAAAAUACGUAAUCCAUCACUAUGUAAAAUGGAUGCUAGAAAAAGUGCCAGAAACAAUAGCACCAAACGCAUUAACGCUCUGUGGAUUUGCUGCAAUGGGAAUAAGUUUGUGCCUGACUUUGUUGUUUGAUCCCUAUCUGUGUAAUCCUCCGCGCCUUCUUUCUCUGGCAAACUUCCUUCUGAUGUUUGUGUACUUUACAUGCGAUAACCUGGAUGGAGCCCAAGCCAGAAGGACAGGCACAGGAUCACCACUGGGCCAGCUUUUUGAUCAUGGGGUGGAUUCGUAUUGUGCCUUGAUCACAAGCAUAACUCUCUCCUCCACCUUUGGGUUUGGAUUAUCACAUAAAUUCCUAAUCUUUGCAUUGGCCAUCAUGAUCCAAUUCUACCUUGCUGGUGUCGAAGAGAAAUUCACCGGUCACUUUGUUCUGGGGAAGAUCAGUGGAGCUUCAGAAGGUAUAGCGUUUGCCUUGAUAUCGCAUCUAAUUACCUUUGCAUGUGGAAAGGGGUUCUUUCAGCAUAUCUUUUCCGAUGGGUUUCUUUGGCCCAUCAAAAAGCUCUAUUCUUCAAUACUAGGAACAACCAACUUCAGUGCUAUUUCAGUGGUCAUUGCAACAUCCUUGGUAUUCAAUACCACACUAACUCUAAUAUCAAUAGAGUCCAGGACACAUCCCUCUAGGAGAUUUUUGCUAUAUUCGACAUUCCUAAGAAUCAUAUCCUUUACCACUUCAUUCGUCAUUCUGUAUAAUACUCUUGCCACAGAAGGGUUAUGGACACGGUAUCUAAACAUUUUGAUGUUCGGGCAGAUAUUCUCGAUAAACUAUGUGAACGAAGUAUGCUCUUAUAUCAUUAAGAAGGACCUAUUCUUAUUCACCCCGGUUUAUUUGAUGUACCUUGCAAUCUCUGCUGCUUUACAGUUGCAACAUCUUAAGGAAUUUCAGAAGCCUCUUAUAAGCGCCUCUUUUGUAUUUUCUUCUGUAUACUACAUCCUAGUGGCCUCAAGGGUAAUACUCACAUUGAAAGAAGCCUUGGGUAUUAGUUUUUUAUCAAUUGUAGAAGACACAAAGAAAAGUGAUGAGCAGAGUUCCCAUUAA